AUGGCCGACGCCGCGGUGCCGGUAGAUACACCAGCACCUCAUGUGUUGAUGGACGCUGUCGGCAAGUGGUGGCUCGCAUGGUGCUGCACCUGGUCAGCCUGCCUCUUCGCCGGCAUAGCUUACCUGAUCAGCAAACGCCACGUGCCAUCUGUCCGCAUUCGAGGCCUUACCCUGACCAUCUGCGGUGUUCUUAUGCUGCACGUCUACUGGGUCCUGUGCGCUAUUGGCUACAAUCUCGGCCCCGUAUUCCCUGAGAUGACAGAGUUCUGGGUCAUGAACACCUACUUCCCAGCCGGGCUGGCUUGCUUCCAGGCUGCGAAUAGUCGGCUGCUGCAUGUGGCCAGACUACAGGAGAGGUAUUCAACGCCCGGCGCUGUGGAAGAGGCGGUUCGGAAGACGGCCGUGGAUAGUUCGCAGCCGUGGCAUAAGCGGACUGUUCAACGGUUCAGGCAGACGGACGCCAGAGUCAAGAUGCUGAUUUACAUCGGUAUCGCUUUGUUCUUUCAGAUUUGUGUCGCGGUCGUCAUCUUCUGCCUCUCUCGCAAGUUCCAUCCAGGCUGGGGCAUCGAGGGUACAGAGACACCUGCCGAUGAAGAGGGGCGCAAACACGCCAUUCCUCGGGGUUGGGAGUGGGUCCCUUCCAUCGGGUGGCAAGUAUUCUGGACGUGGAUCUGUGCCCCCUACGUUCUCUGGCAAACUCGCCAUAUCAAAGACACCCACGGCUGGCGUAUCCAAACAGCCGUGUGCUGCAUUGCCGGCCUCCCCGCCGCCCCCCUCUGGCUUGUCGCGCUCUACGUUCCAGCUAUGGCCCCAGUCAACAAGUAUUGGAUCCCACCACAGUGGAUCUGCGUCUCCAUCACCGUCAUGGAGGUCUUCACCAUCUUUGUCCCUUGCUAUAUGGCCUUCCGCCGAAAGGCUCUUCACGCCGACACCCUCGCCGCCAUCCAGCUCUGGGAAGCACGGAAAGUGGGCUCGUCUUUCUCGUCCGGAGACACCACCGUCGGCGCUGACACCGACGCCACCACCGUUGCUCAUCGGAAAUCCGCCUUCUCCUAUGCCGACACCAUCCAGGUGUCUGUCAGGCCAGGCACCCCCGCAAAGCAUCAGCAGCAACAACCAGCCGUCAUGUUCACCAUGGACUCCCUGGAGCAGUGCCUGCGCCUGAAUCCCGAGCCACUCCAGCAAUUUGCGGCGCGCAAAGACUUCUCCGGCGAGAAUGUCGCCUUUUUGACAUCCGUAGCGGAGUGGAAACGGCAGUGGCGCACGCAGACCUCGGCAGCGGGCAGCUCGGGCACGUCCGAGGACCGCGCCAUCAUAGAGCGCCGCUUCUUCAACAAGGCUGUGCGGAUUCAUGCCGGUAACGUGAGCAUGACUUACGCGAGCUUCCCGAUCAAUGUCGCAUCGCGGGAGAGGAAGGCGCUGGAGCGGCUUUUUGAGAAGGCAGCGGAAAUCUUGUAUGGAAGGAGGGAGUCAUUUGACUCGGCGGCCACACUGUUUUCCAGCUGGAGUGGCGGUGAUGGGUCCCAGAAGGAGAAGUGCCAUGACGAUGACAAGAGUACGGCUGGCUUCGCCGAGAAAGCGGUAGAAGAGGACGGUGCCGGCGUGGACGGCGAAGAGUACGAGCGCGCGUGGUACUGGGGCGAGAUCCCCGACGGGUUUGACAUUACCAUUUUUGACGAUGCGGAGAGGAGCGUGAAGCAGAUGGUGCUGAUGGACACGUGGCCGAAGUUUGUGAGGAGCGGGUGGGCUGAGGAGACGGAGAAGAAAACGGGUGUGCGGCGGACCAUGAGCUUGGGGAGGAUGCUUGGGAUGAAGAACAAGAAGAAGGAGACGGACCGGAGUCGAGGGACUGUGUCUGUGGUAUGA